AUGAACGAGACUGACGAAAGCUGUUUAGUUUAUUUUGAAGACUACAAAGUUAUUGGGAAUGUUGUUAAACAGCGUCAUGAGUUAAGAGGCAAAAUACUUGACGUGAAAUGUUUCCAGCGUGCUUUAGGCCGUGCCGAAGGGGAAAAAGAGAGAACACUCCAAAUACCACGUCCGAUUGAAGUGCAAAAUAUCAACUUAUACAAGGUAAAAUUUGUAGCAAAUUCUGAAGACAAAAGAAAGGCAAUUGAAAGAGAACUGUGUAAGCACUAUGUUGACAUUAAGUGGCCAUCGGGUAACACUCAAAAUGUUCAGCUAAUAUGUACGCUAUCUACAGAUGUGAAAGGUUGCUUUAAAAUUGCAAAAGACUGGGGAAAACAAGCUCAUUCUAGAUUCAUUAGCCACAUGGAUGGUUUCGUAUUUCAUCGAGUGGAAGUCUUACAUGAUAUCAAGGAAAAGGUAAUAGAAUUUCUCAAAACAGUAAAUAUCACAAACCCGUCAAACGUUGCCAUUAUAAUUGAAAAUGAACAAAGAACAAUAAUUAUUGUUGGGCAAAAAGAGGAAGCGGAUAAUUUGAAAGAAACGGUAGAGAGCAGCAUCAACCAAAUUAUAGAACAAGAAGAAAAAGAACGCCACAAAGUUAAAGAUACAUUGACAAACCUUAAACCAGUCGAACUAAAGCUCUUAGAAGCACAGAGAUUUUCACAGGCCCUUGAAAACAAUUUUCAAGACUUAAAUGUUCAUGUCAAUGCUGAAAAGUGUGAAAUUCUUUUUGAAGGUAUGAUAGGUAGUGUCCAGGGAGCAAAGCUCAAAAUAUUUGAAACGAGGUCCUCUUUUACAUCAGGGCGAGUACAAAAUGUUCCAAAGCUGUCGGCGACUCUUUAUAAAAAUGAGGAAACAAUAGAGUUCAUACAACAUCAACUGAAAGCGGAUGGAAUAAUUGCCGUUUGGGAAGUUUCUGACACUGCUCUUGACAUUUGUUGUACAGUGCAGAAGAUUAACAUUCUUGAACAGUAUGGCGGCUUUGAAGUCCGUGGAUUAAACAAAGGAGUCCAAGAUGCAUACACUCAUUUAUUCAAACUUCUUUCGUUUAUAAAGCAGAAACAACACACAAUUUCAAAGCCUGGAAUCGUCGAACAUGUUAGAUCAUCAAAAGGAAAAGAUAGCAUUAACAUAAUAGAAAACAACCUAUCGUGUGACAUUGUAGUUGAAGGCGAUGAAGCAUUUAAGCAGAUGACAGAAAAGAUACACGGAUCAGGCGUACAAGCAAGCUGUAGAGUAUUUGACACACGAAGUAUAUGUGCUUGGCAAGGAGACAUGACAGAACUAGAAGUCGAUAUGAUUAUAAACCCAUCAGAUAAAGGUCUGCGAUUUGUUGGUGGACUAGGGAAGGCCAUAAUUUCAAAAGGGGGAAAGUCUAUUCAGUACGAAUGGACUUAUUUUAUUGGCAGCCAUGGGGCGCUUCAAGACGACGAUGUUUUCAUUGGUCGCGGUGGAAAUCUCAAGGCAAAACAUAUUGCACAUAUCAAAAGUCAAGAAUGGAAGCAAGGCCAAGAUAAAGAGAAGAUCUUAGAGGCGUCAGUAAUUAAAUGUUUACAAGAGGCAUCCAAAAUACAAGUUAGUUCUAUCGCUAUUCCUGCUAUAGGAUGUGGAGCUAAAGCGUUUCCAGUUGAUAUAAGUACUACCUGCAUUGUAAGCGCGCUCAGAAAAGUUUUUCUAGAGUAUCAAGAUAGUUCUGUGACUGAGGUAUAUCUUAGCGAUAUGAAUACGAAAAAUGUAGAAGGCUUUACACAUGCUCUUAUGCAAACAUUCGGGAGAAGCAAUGUGAUGAUGAGUGAUGCUGAGAUCCCAUCUCCUUUAAAGAUUUACAGCGAGAACAAUGCUCAGUCUUCAACAUUUGUUACACUUCAAGGAAUAUGUCAACAUAAAGAUGGCACAGUAGCUGUCGGAAAUAUUUCUGUUACUUUGAUUAAAGGAGAAAUUGCAAAACAAAAAGCUGAUGUAAUUGUGAAUACGACGGCUUUUAACCUUGAUUUAAGGAACGAACUGUCUCUCUUACAUUACUAAACGCUGCUGGUAAAGAACUGCAAAACAAAGUGAAAUCGAAAUAUCCAGAUGGACUGAAAAAACUU